GCUCCACAGAACACGUCUCUUUGUGGUUUCCUGCUCAACUUCCUGUGCGCAGUUAAGGACUAGAGCAACACGUACUGUGAUCCACUAACACUUGGAGCUGACCUGGAUCACUGCAGAGAGCCGAAUGGAGAUGAGUGAGGAUAUGUAUGAAAAUGCAGGAUACAUUGCAGACAGACAAUCCGAGGACAAGAAUGUCUAUGAAAACAUGCAUGGACAUGGACAUACCGGGACCCGAAGAACAGGAAACAGACAGGAAUUUCAGAGCCCAGGAUAUGAAACGACUGGGAGCCGAAGCUGCAGGUGGGCUGCAGUGAGUCUGGGGCUGCUGUGUCUUCUUCUGCUGGCUGCCACCACAGUGCUGUGGGUUAUGUUGAGCAAGCAGCCUACAGAGACUGUAGAGAGGGAUGGUCUUCAGCAGAAACUUUCCAAAUUGGAGAAGGCGAUGCAGCAGGGUUGGACGUUUUUCAAUGGCACUCUUUACUACAUCACUGUUGGAUACAAGAACUGGACUGAGAGCAGAGAGGAUUGCAGAGAGAGAGGAGCAGACCUGGUGAUCAUAAACAGCAGAGAAGAACAGGAGUUCAUCCAUAACAAUCUGCGAGGCAAUAGAGCUUGGAUUGGCCUGACUGACACUGAAACAGAGGGAGUCUGGAAAUGGGUGGAUGGAUCAGCUCUGACCACUGGGUUCUGGGAGGAAGGAGAACCAAAUGAUCUGAACAAUAAUGAGGACUGUGGCUACAUGGCCCUUCAAACAGAGAUUUUUCAGAGGCUCACUACAAACGGACUGUUAUGA